AUGACUCGGUGAGUUUUGCGGAAUCAAAAAAAAAAUUCUGAAUAGAAAAAUAUAUUUUGCAGCUUGAAUCGGUCGAAAAGAGUUACAGAAAACUUUGCGAAUGCCAUGCAAGAGAAACGAUUGCGCUUAAGAAAACGCACUUUGAUAAGUCUAGAAUCCAUGGAAAGAGAGAAAAUUGAGGAAUUCCAUGAAAUUGAUGAGAAGUUAGUUGAACUUGAGCAAAGAAUCCACAAUUUAUCGAUUCAAAAUGAAGUCGAGAAAAAUGUGAGAUUGGAAGCAUUGAAAAAAGAUGUAGAUUUGUCGAAUUACUCAAGAAUUCUAGAAAAUAUGAAAAAGUGUGCUAGAAAAUCUCAAGAAAUUCUGGAAAAAUCGCAACAGUUCGCAUUUUACCCAUUGGCAAGUGAAAUUGUGUUUCUUCUCGAAAAAAUGCUCGAAUUUCAAAAUGCUGAUAAAUAUUUUGAAGAAAGAAAAACGGCUUGCAAAGAAAUAUUAGAGGAGUUUGAAGAACUCAUGCCAAGAAUAAGAAGUGAUCAAAAAAUUGAUGAAGUGAUUUGUGAAGUUCUGACAGGUUGGAUAAUCAACCUUCCAAAUGUUGAGAAACCAAAUUUUUUGGAAAAUUGUAUUCGACAACAAAAUAAGUGUAUCAGACAAUGA